AUGCCCGCAAAAACGGUGGUUUCAUCCUCCACAGAUGGGGCUCAACAUGCAUUCUUCCCAUACGCAAGGUACACCUCCGUCGUGGGCGUGCACACCAGCCUCGUAGCAUUCACAGCCCUCUUCCUACCCCAGACAUCUCUCUUACUCUGGCCAUCGCUCGCAGAUUCCGACCAUCCAGAAACACAAUUUAAAGACGCACUGACAGAUAACCCGGUCAUCACGCUCGCUUGGAUCGUCACAGGACUGGUAGUUCUUCAAGUAUGGUGGGCGGGCUGGAUCAGGCAUUGGUGUUUCGAGUAUACUUCUCGUGGUGUUUCGAGCGAUCAGAUUAAAUUAGAUAGAUAUCAGUUCGAUCGGGGGAAAUUCUCGAAAUUAGGGAGAGCGGCUGUCUUCACUUCAUGUGUAGCCUUGGUGUUUCACGCAACUAUAGUAUUGUUUGGUGUGCCUUCUGCAAGUCACAUCCCUCAUACAUUCUUGCUGGCGAUCGUGCUAGCACUACUAUCCGCGUUCGCACCAGCUUAUGCACUGGGCUACCCCUCCUUCUCUUCCGAUACUUCGUCCUUCAUCACCAGACUUAACUGGACACGUUUAUUCGCCGAGCUUUCCCCCCGGAAUCCGAUAGAAAGAGCUCUUGUUUAUCCCGCUGUCGCCACCCUCCUUGGCGCUUGGCUCGGUGCCUUCCCAAUCGCACUAGACUGGGAUCGACCAUGGCAGGCCUGGCCGCUAACGCCUCUCUUCGGAGGGAUCGCAGGCUAUAUAGUCGGAUCUCUCUCAGCACUUUCCGUCAGCGCAUUAAAGUGGCUGGCUGAGGAGAACAUCAGAAGAGAGCAAUUGGAGAAGCAGAAAACCACCUGA